AUGCGCAUCUCAUCCACGUCGGCGCCAGAGAAUGAGGCGUCGCCUGUAAAUUUGAGGGAUUCCGGCUGGGAGAACACGGCGAUGCAUCCUCCUACCCGAGGAUCGAGUGAAGUAGCAUAUAGAGUAUCGAAUUUGCAGAGCCGAAAAUUCCGGCCACCGCUGGUCUCUGUUGGAAAGUACGAGUACCUCCAGCCCCUGAGCCUGUCCAUGAUCCCCCAGAACGCAGCAGUCGAGCUACUGGACCAGUUCACAGAGCCACGUCGUCCAACCAUCAGUGUCGGAUGGUCGCACCCCUUUGAACACAAAGACGGUCGUUGACCCCGAGUGACAGGGAGACCCAUCGGCAGUACCGGGAAAGACGGUCGAGGUGGCUUAGCAAAGGCGCGAAAUUGAAAUUUGUCGUUUCCAACAACUGAGACAUAGUUUUCACCAGGAGUCUACGAGUUCGGACAUAUACGAGAAGAUUCAAAAGCCUGUCCCUGGACUUGUGAGGUUGAUGUGUUAAUUUCAGCCCUGUGUGCAGUAAGUUCUUUAGGUUGGUUUUAGAGUCUGGUUUUAUUGAAUAGAGGGAAAACCGAUACCGACCGAGCUCAUAAACGAUGAGGGGGCGCUCCGCUGGGAAAUUGACCUCAGAAGAUGAAACUACUUUUCGUACUGCUCCGUACUGACUUUGUUUAGUGCAAAUUUGGAUUGCAACUGGUUUUUAUUUUAUUUCAUUUUCAAUUUUAUUUGUUCAAUUUAAUUUUGUUUCUCUCCGUCAUGUUUUUUGUUUGAGAUCAAACUUGGGAUUGUGGUGUUUGUUAGUGAAUUUAAUGGGUGAUGUGAGGAUGAUGAUUGGGGUAUCAGGCGUUUUUGUUUGUAGGUUGCUUAGUAGAUGGAAUAAUUGAUGAAGUUCACCUGUUGGGUUAAGUUACAACAUUUCUGCGUUUAACAUUGAGCUGACUUGUUUGCUUGAUUGGAUGCUGGAUGCAGUUCCUUGUUCAACAAUCGAUGACCGAUAUGCAAAUGCCGCCGAUUGAGAUCCUAAGAUUUUUCUUACAAUUUCAUGUUAUCCAAGUGCUUCUCCUAAUGCAGUUUGUAAAGGAAUUCAAGAUUGUAUUUCCAAAUGCACAAGGAAUGAACUGCGGUGAUCAGUUAAAAGAAGCAUUGUGGGUCAGCUAAGAAACCUGACUUUGAAGGCGGCGCCUUGCAGAGCUUGUUGAUCUUGACGCGCUCAACUUUGGGGUGGAUGUUGGUGCAGAGGUAGGUCACGGCGGCGGCAUAGACCUCUUUCCAGGACAUGCCAUCGUGCUGCUCGAUGACGAUUGCAGCAUGUUUUGGAUGGGUGCAGAGGUGGCGUUCUAGGCGGGAAUAAUAAGGCAGAGUUGUCAGCAGCCGUGGAUGCUGGGCGGCAGAGAAGGCCAUGGCACUAGGUGUAGAUAGCGACUGAAAGAAUUGCACAAUACGACGGCAGUGCAAAACUAGGGCAUUUUAGUCAAACUAGACUGCAACAGACACGAGGCGGUUUUCCAGGAACCGAGGUUCACAGGAGCAGAUGGCAUCACUGCUUUACAGUGGGGUUAGAAUUACAUUCUCCUGAACUUCCAGUUCACUUUAGUAUUGUUCAUGUGUGCAACUGAAGGCCGCUGUGGUGUUUCCGAUUUUUUCUGGCUUGAUGAUGAGAAAAGCAUACUAAACUUUUGACGUUAACCAAAUUGAGUAUGAUAGUUGUGUGUGUGUAAAUGAAUUAUUUACUUCAGAUGAAUGAUACACUUAAUUAUGUGUUAUUAGACCUUUUUUUUUUCUUAAUACUUUCUUUAAUCCUUUGUUGAGAUCAUAA